CGUAACGUCGAGGAGAUAUUUUGGAUGGAAGAAAGAAACGGCAAAGGAGAAAGAAAAUAUCUGGCCUCUCUUUUCCUUCCAUCCUUCAUCCUGAUCGGGAGAUCGCUUAAUAUCAGGGGGUCGGCCCCACAAAAACCGGGGGUGGUGGUGACGUGGAUCCUGAUCACACAUUGACACGUGGAAUAAAGCGGUGACAACUGUAACGUUUCUCCUCCCCUUUUUAUUAUUUUCUCCCUCUGCUCCGCCAAAAAAGUUCUCCCAUCUUCAUCCUCUUCUCGCUUCUCAAUUCUCAUUUUCCUCUCUCUCUCUCUCUCUCUGUCUCUGAUGGACGGCGGCAGCAGAGUCAGGACUCGGACGAGUUCCCUCGUCGCCGGUGACGAUCCAGCUUCCGAGUUCGCCCACCGCGUCGAGACCCUCAACCUUUCUCGCCAACAGGAGCCGCCUGUGGAAUCAUCUAUGCCUAAGGAGUGGACCAAUGAGGAGCAUAGGCUUUAUCUCAAAUCCAUGGAAUCAACCUUCGUUGACCAGUUGUAUGGCUACAUUGAUCCGAAACUCUCGAGGCAACAACAAUUCGAAACCAUGAGCACCCCUUCUGGUCAGUUUAAGGUUCUUCGACGUGGCUGCUGGCAGAAAGUCGACUUCCAAAGGCCAGGAGGUUCGCGGGUAAAUACGAGGGCUGAAGCGCAGGGUUUCCUCAAGAGCCCCUGGAUCCAACAUUUCAGAUGUGUGAAGAAGCCUCACAGUGUGGGAGCCCAGCAGCAGGAUCCUCAAAAUUCGCAGGGGUUUCACUCUUCUAGCAAUCAUCAUGAUCACUCUAACAACAACUACACAGAGAUGUCAGAUCAGAACUUUGUCGAUGAAGACAUGGAGGAGGACGACGACAGUGCAAAGGGCACAAGCAGUACCUGCAGCUCGAAAAGAAUCAAAGUUGUGGUGGUUAACGAUCAUGCUCCCCGCAGCGAUCAGGUUGUGCCAUUUCGUCAUUCUCCUGCGGCAAUGGUAGUUGAUUCUGCUGAUCACAAGUGCAUCCCUGCAAGUAGAUGAGAUUCUUUGCAUUACACUUCAGCUUUCUAACCCAUCAAAAGGAUUCGACUUGAAGAGGUUAAUCACAUAGUAAUCAGAACUUCAUCUGCACCAAAGCAAAAUUCUCCAGGAUACCAUAAGGAGAGCUGCAGUGUGGAUCGAGAAAUUUGCAUAUCAGAUGUUUGGGGUCAGAUUGACAAGAUUUAAGCUCUAAAGCGAUCUGAUUUCUGUACAGGGAUAAAAAGGUUUGGGCAAGAGGGGGUAAUUUUCCUUGUAGUUGCUGGAUUGUUUAGUUGAGAUGGAUGUUUUAGUGUUUCAAAUGUUUGUAAUAUUUGAGAUUAUUCCGACUGCUUUCUUGGGGCAACUUCAUUCCGGUUUUAGAUAAUUUGUACCCAAUAGAGUCGAUUGUUGUUU